UCCUGUGUUAAAGGAGUGACCAACUCAAAGACAGACAGUGAGACGGAGAAUACGUUCAGUUCAGUUUUUAGUUUGUCAAGAUGUCUGCAGAUACUGUCGCUGCUCCACGUUUGAGCCUGAAUGUGAGAUAUAACAGAAACGUCCAAGAGAACAGCGGAGAGGAAGAGGAGAGUCAGGUGGAGAUCUUAGAGGAUGAAGAGCAUCACGCUGAUCUCAGGCCACAAAGAGCCAGACCACACACUCAAAACAACCCUGCAGCCAACAACAGAAGGUGUUUCAAAGCUACUGCAGUGGCUCUGGGAGGGUUUUAUCUUCUGAUGUUGGCUGGACUCUUCAUUCGCUUCAUUUUGCUGCAGACCAGAUACGAGAUGCUGCAGACCGGAUACGACCAACUGAGCAAAAACAACAGUCAGCUCCAGAGGGAGGUUUCAGACAUCUCCGUCAACCACAGUCAGUUACAGACCAGAUACGAGAUGCUGCAGACUAAAUACGACCAACUGAGCAACAACACCAGUCAGUUACAGAGCAGCUACCAAACACUGAGUAAAAACAACAGUCAGUUACAGGAUGAAGUAGAGCAGCUGGAGGACAGAACUGAAGAUAAAAGCUGUCCUCAUGGAUGGACGAGAUUUGGAUCCAGUUGUUACUUUAAAUCUAAAGAGAAGGACUAUUGGGAUGGAAGCAGAGCUGACUGUAAGAAGAGAGGAGCAGAUCUGGUCGUCAUAAACAACAAAGAGGAACAGAAGUUUGUCUCUGAGCUGAGUAAGGAUGGAGAGUCCUGGAUUGGUCUAUGGGAUGAAAGGAGACAAGCAGAAUGGAAAUGGGUGGACGGAUCAUUGCUGACAGAAACGUUCUGGGCAGAAGGACUGCCUCACUAUGACACUUACCUGUCCGCUGCAACAUGCUGCGAUCAACAAGGAAAAUGGACACAAAAUAGAUAUUAUGAAACUAAGAAGAGGAUUUGUGAGAAAAAGUUUCUCUGAACUCUUUGAUGACAGAGAGGUGUGUAGUGGUGCGAUCAGCUUAGUCAAAUCAGACCAAUUCUUUUGCUCAGCUGUUUAUUCUGUGUUGCUAAAUAACCUGGAUUACAGAGAUAUUGUUCCUCUGCCCUUCAUAGUGCACAAUCUGGUUAGAAGUCAUGUGUACUUACUCUGUAGUCCUACAGGAUUAUUAUAAUAAAAGCUAUUAAAAACAUGGAUUAGCAGGUUGUCUUUACUUUGGUUCAUGUAGUUGAUUAUAAUUUUUGUAAUCAGUUAGUUAGAAGUUUUUCCUUAGAACAUUUUACACUCCACACAAAAUAAAACCCUGUGAUACUUUUUGCUGUGUUACUGCUUAUG